AUGUCGCUCGUUUCCUUUGCCUUCGCCGGCUUCUGGCCUGCCAUUGUCGACAGAGCAGUGCUCAACGUAAGACAGGCAGUUGGAGCCAACACAGAAACAGCCGCAGCUGGUGCCGACGCCGCUACAGCACAGACACAAGCGGCCGGAGGCAACGCUGCAACAGCAACGGCUGCGACGGCUGCUACACAACAAACUGCUGCUGCUGGCGGCGGAGCUGCUGCCACCGCCGCAACAGCUGCAACCACCACAACGCCUGCGACAGCUGCUGCCAAUCCUGCUACGGCUGCUACGACUGCUAGAACUGCCGCAGCCGCAGACACAGACACAGACACUGCCACUGCCAGAACGACCGCGACUCCCGCUGCUGCUCCCGCUCCUGUUGCUGGGCCCGGCGGCGCCGGCGCCGGCGCAGCGGCUCCUGCUGCCGACGCGCCUGCCGCCGACCCUGCACUCUUCAGUGUACCAUUCUCAGAGCAGACUGGAUCGAUUCGAUAUGCCCCUAUGCCGAAGAAGGCGCCCAGCAAGAUAUCCAUCAAGAACUUUACGCCUCAAAACCCGACCAGUAAUGCCCCCAUCUUUUCUUCGCCUGCCAAACAAGCAUCGGUCGCAGCAACCCAGACACAACCGUUUACUUUUACAGUGGUGAGCAGCGAAGCCCAAAUGCCGGCCGCCUCCCCGCCCACAGACACAGCCAUGCAGAAGUUCUUGAAUAGAUGGAAGGACUGA